AUGGCUGCUGCAAGAAAACGUACGCUAUCUGGAUUUGAAGAUGUGAUAGACGGGAAAACAAAGAUUUUCAAAGACAGCGGCAGGAAGAUACACAUUGCAGCUCUGAUCCUAGCUAGGGGAGGCAGUAAGGGGAUCCCCCUGAAGAAUAUCAAAGUUCUCGCCGGUGUCCCGCUCAUUGGAUGGGUUCUGAGAGCUGCCGUGGAUUCCAAACAGUUUGACAGUGUGUGGGUAUCGACUGAUCAUGAUGACAUUGAGAAGGUGGCCAAGGCAUGGGGAGCUCAGGUUCACCGCAGGAGCCCAGAGGUGUCCAAAGACUCUUCCAGCUCUCUCGACACUAUCCAGGAAUUUGCCCGAUUAAACCCAGAGGUGAAGGUGAUCUGUCACAUCCAGGCUACGUCUCCCUGCUUGCACCCCUUCCACCUGAAGGAGGCCCUGGAGUUGAUCACCAAUCAGGGCUUCACGUCUGUCUUCGCCGUGGCCCGACAACACCACUUCCGCUGGCAGGAGGUCAAGAAAGGAGGUAGUGUAGCCACCAAGCCACUGAACCUUGACCCGUCUAACAGGCCCCGGAGACAGGACUGGGAUGGAGAGCUGUGUGAGAACGGAUCUUUCUACAUUCAUACCAGAGCGACAAUAGAGGAAGGCCUGCAGGGGGGAAAGUGGGCUUACUAUGAGAUGCUGCCAGAGUACAGUGUGGAUAUUGAUGUGGAUAUCGAUUGGCCCGUGGCAGAACAGAGAGUACUGAGGUUUGGUUACUUUGGCCUGGACAAGCCUGAGGUGGUGCGUCUGCUGCUGUGUAACAUCUCAGGCUGUCUGACGGACGGCCGCGUCCUCAUCUCUGUCUCUGGAGAGGAGAUGAUCUCUGUCAACACCAGAGAUACCAUGGGUAUCCGCAUGCUGCAGAGAGAGGGGGUGGAGGUGAUCCUGAUCUCGUCCAGUGAGGACCUGACCAAGGCCUUGGCUGACAAGCUGUCCCAGAGGACGGGCUGCGAGGUCAGACAGCUGGGCAAGGACAUCCAGGGUGAGGCCAAAGCCAUGAUGGACGACAGGGAUCUGGACUGGAAGGAAGUCGCCUAUAUGGGUAACGAUGCACCAGAUGUUGACUGUCUGAACCUGGCUGGGCUGAGUGCAGUACCCCGGGAUGCCCCAGUGGUAGCAAUCAAUGCUGCUAAAUACUCCUGCCACAAUGUUGCAGGCCUCGGGGCUGUGAGGGAGUUUUCUGAACACAUCCUGCUGCUCAAGAAGAAGGCCAAGUCUCAGAUGGAACAGGACCGCAUCCACAGACAUGCAUUCUAAACUCUAGAAUGUGCUCUAACUCUAAUCUGGCUCAGAUAUGUUCGAAACAAAGAGUUGCAUUCUUGAAGCCUGAGUGCCAGUCUGUUUUUGCUCGCUUGCCAGCUCCUUGUCACUCCAAACAUAUUUGGCAUUACAAUUCCAAAAAGAGUUAACUAGAGAGCAGAAACAGACUGGCACUCAGGCUAUUUUAUUCUAGACUAUCAGACAAACCUAAACUCAUGCCUGUGCUAAAGAUUAGGCUAAAUGACCUUGAAGCUUAUUGACAAUUCUCAAUACUUUCUCUGGAGUAUUUACUCACUUUCAGGCACUUAGCUCAGGCUGAGGUGUUUUUUUACAGGUUGUCAGAUCGAGGUAGUUUUGGUUUUACAACUAUAUAAACUUGAAUGCUUAUUGGAUUUAAUCAUAUUUGUGUAGGAGGAUGUGGCGAAAGUGAAUAACACCUUAUAAACUCAGCAAAAAAAAGGAACGUCCUCUCACUGUCAACUGCGUUUAUUUUCAGCA